GGACACAGUCUGCUGCCACCUGGUCCUGUGGGCAAUGGCUGGCCGAACCCACAUGAUGAACAACAUCAGCAGCAACUUAUAACAAUUUCAUCCACUCUGCUCUGCUUUCUACUGCUUCUGUCUGAGCAGGAAGCGGUGUGUGUGCGUUCCACGCUGACUUCCGGCCUGUGCGGUCCAGCUGAAAUCUAGCCCCUGUUACCCUUGCCGAGCUCGGAGCAGGCGGCGGCGUGCGGGGAAUUCUCAUCUAGGCCUAUGCCAUUGCCUCCUAUAUGGCUGCACUGUAACUAGGGAACGGAGCAGAGCGUGGAAACGGACAACCAGGAAGUCAGCUGGAACGCACAGGUUGGACCCGCUGGUGGAACGCAUAACUAGGAAGUGCUUUAUUGACAACUUCCGGUUCAGACACAUGGAAGAAAUGACGGUGAAUCUGGGACUUUGUCACUGCACACUGCUGCCCUGAGCUGUGGUUGACAGUGACACCAGGUAAUGGCACUUAUCACAGCCUGUCACUAUUCGUCUGGGUCUGUGGUCCUGCUCUUUAUUACACCCAGUGCAGUUGGAGCAGACUCUGGUGUAUACUCUUCAUUUAUUCCCCAGACAACAGGACAAGAGCUGUGAGGUCCCGUGACGGUGGGAUCUGUCUACAGGGAAGAGAGUCCUGGGAUACAUCACCAUCCAGCUGCUGACUGGAGAGGAGUGGGAGUAUAUAGAGGAACACAGGGGUCUGUACAAGGACGUCAUGAUGGAGAAUCACCGUCCCCUCACAUCAAUGGGUCUCAUUGGGGAAACAAAAAUUUCUGAAGGUUUCCACGACCCUAUUUCUUCCCCGGAAUGUAUGACUGAGGAUCACAGUGUUAUAGAUAUCCAGCAUGCAGUAUCCUCAUCAGCAGUUGGCGGGGACAUUAUCAACUGUCCGGAGAAUGUUACUGAGAAACCAACUUCAUGUCAGGAAGGAAACCUCACGCCCACUGAUAAUUAUACUCCCACAGAUCAUUUACCGUAUACAUCUACUCAUAUUAAGGAGGAACCGGUUUCAUGUGAUGGAGAAGACCUCAGAUACACUGAUAAUUAUACUCCCACAGAUCAUACACAGUAUACAUCUACUCAUAGUAAGGAGGAACCGGUCUCAUGUGAUGGAGAAGACCUCACACACACUGAUAAUUAUAAACCCACAUACCAUACACAGUAUGCAUCUACUCAUAUUAAGGAGGAAUCAGCCUCAUGUGAUGGAGAAGACCUCACACACACUGAUAAUUAUACUCCCACAUAUACACAGUAUACAUCAACUCAUAUUAAGGAGGAAUCAGCCUCAUGUGAUGGAGAAGACCUCACACACACUGAUAAUUAUACUCCCACAUAUACACAGUAUACAUCAACUCAUAUUAAGGAGGAAUCAGCCUCAUGUGAUGGAGAAGACCUCACGCACACUGAUAAUUAUAAACCAACAGAUCAUACACAGUAUACAUCUACUCCUAGUAAGGAGGAACCAGUCUCAUGUGACAGAGAAGACCUCACACACACUGAUAAUUAUACUCCCACAUAUCAUACACAGUAUAGAGCUACUCAUAUUAAAGAGGAAUCAGUCUUGUGUGAUAGAGAAGACCUCACAGACACUGACAUUUAUACACCCACAAAUCAUACACCGUAUACAUCUAUUCAUGUUAAGGAGGAAUCUGUCUUGUGUGACGCAGGAGACCUUACACACACUGAUAAUUAUACUCCCACAGAUCAUACACAGUAUAUAGUUACUCAUAUUAAGGAGGAAUCAGUCUCAUCUGAGGAAGAAAAUUAUCAGGAAAUUGAAGCGAAUACACUGCUUUCCUCAUCUGAACUUGGGAAAUGUUUUCCAGGGAAAUCAUUCCCCUGUGACAUAUGUGGAAAAUGUUUCACCCAGCGCUCAGUACUCAACAGACACCAGAGAAUUCACACUGGAGAGAAGCCAUUUUCAUGCCCUGUAUGUAAGAAGAGCUUUACCUGGAAGGCGACUCUCAGUGAGCACCUGAAAUGCCACACCGGGGUGAAGCCCUAUUCCUGCCCAGAUUGUGGGACUUCUUUUUACAAAAAAUCUGAUCUUGUGCGUCACGAGAGGAGUCACACGGGGGAGAAACCGUAUACCUGCCCUGAGUGCGGCAAAUGCUUCAUCCGUAACUCCAACCUAAUGAACCAUCAAAGAACUCACUCAAAUGAUCAAUCUUACACUUGCUCUGUAUGUGGGAAGAUGUUCAAGAGCCACUCCUACCUGGUGCUGCAUGAGCGGUUUCACACCGGGGAGACACCAUAUUGCUGUGCCGAGUGUGGCAGGUGCUUCACCCGUAACUCAAAUCUAAUGAAACACCAGCGGGUUCACACUAGUCCAAAGUCCUAUUCCUGCACUUUGUGUGGGAAAUGCUUCUAUAGUCAUUCCUACCUGAUCAUCCAUAUGCGAUUUCACACGGGGGAAAAGCCCUACUCCUGCUCUGAAUGCGGCAAGUGCUGCUUCACCAGCUCCGAACUCGUCGUGCACCAAAGAAGCCACACGGGCGAGAAACCCUACUCCUGCUCAGAGUGCGGGAAAUGCUUUAGCAGUAGCUCGAGGCUUCUCACCCAUGAGAGGAUUCACACGGGCGAGAAACCCUUCUCCUGUCCCGACUGCGGGAAGUGCUUCAGGAGCUACUCCUAUCUCGUUACCCAUCAGAUAAUUCACACAGGGGAGAAGUCCUUCACCUGCUCCGAGUGCGGCAAGUGCUUUAUGCGGAAAUCGGCGAUGGUUAAACACCAGAGGAUUCACACGGGGGUGAAACCCUACUCGUGCGAGGACUGUGAGAAACGUUUUAGCAGGAGGUCGAAUCUGGUUCGGCAUCGGCUCGUUCACGCCGGGGGGAAACCGUUUUCCUGCUACGAGUGCGGGAAAUGUUUUACCAGCGAUUCGGAGUUCGUUAAGCAUCAGGAAAUCCACUCAGGAAAGGAGUCCUAUCCUUGUUCUGAGUGCGGGAAAAGCUUUAACAGUAGCUCCUACCUCGUUCGGCAUCAGAGAAUCCACACGGGAGAAAACACAUUCGCUUGCACCGAGUGCGGGAAAUAUUUCAUCAACAACUCGGACCUAAUAUCGCACCAGAGAAGUCACACGGGGGAGAGGCCAUAUUGUUGCACUGAGUGCGGGAAAUGCUUUUCACGUAAGACGUCUCUCGUAAGACAUCAGAACGUUCAUAUCCCGAAAUAGUUUCGGAUCUUUUUUUGAACUGCGACUGGUCACAUCUGCGGGAUUGUGAAAAUGCAUUUUGUCGAAAAGAAUAUCAUUGGUUUACACGAAGUUGUAUUUAUUUAUAUGGUCUUAUCUAGCAUCCGAAGUGGAAAUUUAGACGUGGCAGUGUGGGAAAUAAAAAGCAAAUGGAAUUUGACUGUUAAAUCACAGCAUUAGGAGAAGUGGCGGGGUAGCGUACCAAGGUACACCAGGCCACUCCCACUAUUGGUCUUACCAAGGAAACAUUCUGGAGAUCUGUUUUAUUUGCUCUCUUGCUGUAAAGUUUGUGCUAUGUUCCACCUAAUCAUUUAAUAGACUCCAAGAUCAUUAUUGCUAUAGAAUAGUUUUUUUGUGAUAAUGAUGUUAUUUUUGAUAUAGGUAGAACUUAUAUGCACCUUCUUGAGGUAAUAAAACAAAUUGUUACCA